AGAUACAGGCAAAUACCUAUGUUUGGCCCAGCAACUAUCCGACAAUUUUUGGCCAAUGCUUCGGACAUGACACACAUGGCAGCCCGAAACUUCAAAGACCUUCUCCAGUGCUCUAUCCCUGUCUUCGAUGGUCUUCUCCCUGAACUGCACAAUACGACUGUUUUACGGCUGCUGUUUACUAUGGCGCAUUGGCAUGGACUGGCUAAGCUUUGGAUGCACUCUGAUUUGACGAUCAACAUCAUGGAUCAAGUUACUUCAGCAGUCGGCGGCCAGUUUCGCAAUUUCAAGGCUCAAGUUUGUUCCGCUUACAACACACAAGAACUUUGUCAGGAAGUUGAGGCUCGUACCCAACGCCAUGCAAAGCGAGCAGCAAAACAGGUGGGAGGGCAGGAGGGUAAACAAAGCAGCUUAUUAAAGGAGCAGGCGGCACAGUCAGCUGGAUCACCCAAGGACAUGCACUGCAAGAAGGUAUUCAACUUCCAAACCUACAAGUUUCACGCUUUGGGCGACUAUGUUUCUACAAUACAGCCAGUAUGGCACAUCCUAUUCAUAUAG